GCGCUGUUCGUUACAACGAGCGCGCGGAUUAUUUGCAAAACUGGAAGCAGAAUCAGUUCUCGUUCUCGGAAAAAAAAUACGAUAUUUUUAACAGUUAAAGAAGAUCCACUGUACAGAAUGGAUGAAAGCGACGAUGACAUAUGGGAGUACAAGUCCCUGAAAAGAAUGAAAAGAUCAGAGAGUAUCAGCAGUCAAAAUUCAUCACAACGACAGCCACCUUUGAAGAAACGACGACGUACUCCCCGAUCCUCAACACAGCCCACCGUGUGCAGUGCACGGGGGAAAAUGCUGGAUUCCCGGCAAGUCGUGAAGUCGGAAAGGGAUUCGUCAAACUCGGCACUUUCGACUUGGUCUAGCAGAUCAAAAGGUGAAGAGACUCCAAAACGACCAAUGUCGCAAAUGAAAUUUGAGUCAUUUUCACCCUCAAGAAGCACUUUGCUGAGUUCUCCUGGUUCCACAACUCCACAAUUGGAGAAAAAUAAAAGCAACCGAGACGGAGUGGACAAAAAGAGGUCGAAACGUCGGGCAACCAAGUCAAGCUGCAAAGAACUUAAAGAUGCAAAGAACACACAGAUGAAGCCCAAGUGUUUGGUGAAUGGUGUGAAGAAAACAGAAGUGAAUGAAACUAGUUUGGAGAGGACUAGGAGAAUAUCUCAUGGGUAUUGUCCGUUCUGCCAGAUGCCGUUUAGUGCUCUCAUCAUAGAUUCACCAGAACGACAUGUGACGGAGUGCCUAUCCAAGCCACUCCUUGCCGAAAAUGAGUGUCCUGAUGGCAUAGCCUGUGAUGUGACGAUUGAGGGGCACUACAGGAAAUUCACACAUUGCCUGCUGGCAGAGGCUAGAGCCAGGCUACCAAAUGAUGCCAGGAGCAAGAUGGAGUCGAAAACACAACAUGAUCAUGAAGUGAGACAAAAUGACGAGCAGCCAGAACCACAGUCAUCCUCACAGAAGCCGUCAGAUUCAUCUCCCACGUCUGGCUUCACUAGUCUCAAGACCAGUGUUCUAAAUCACGCAGCAACAAAUCUACGUCCAAGUCAUACAGUGACAAAAGCUGAUGGGAAGUGUGUGGUUGAACAUAUCCCCGUUGCUGCUGUAAGAGAGUCUAGGAUGCUAGCCUCAUCACAGAUUGGGAGUCUGAAUUGCACACAAAAGAGCAAACCCAGUGACAGACCCGUUCAUAAUAACCGAAAUGCAACUGUGCAGAAGUCUAAGCUAGUCUCUUUGCAGCUGAAUGCGGAGUCUUUGGAGCAUAACGAUAACGAGGAAAGCCAAUGCACUGCCAGUGACGAGGACAUAUUUGCUCACAGUGAACAUCCAUAUUCAGACUUGUCUGAUGUAUGUUUGAAGAAAACUACACAUGGUGCUUGUGAAGAACAGCCUGCAGAUGUUGACAACGAUGAUGCACUGUCUAGUCUCAGUGAGAUGUCAACUUCUAUUCUUGAAGACCCUGGACCAGCUUGCCAAGAAGCACAUCAACUUACUUCUGCGCCGAUGUCACAUUGUCCUCAGCCACUUUGCCAGCUCGAAAGCCACCACGCAAACUCGCCAGCCCCAACUCAAAAUCAAACCAAAGAUCUGCCAUCAACUUGCCAAAUGAAGACUUCCAAUUUCCCGCUGAGUUUAACACCCAAGGGAAACAGACCAGCCCAAAACAUGAAUCUGGAUUUUGAUUGCUGCAGCCAGGUUGACAUAAGCAUCAAGGUCACGCCACGUGGAAAAUUUAAUGACACGAAACAGCAGUCUGGCAAGCUGUGUAGUACGCAGUCAUUCUUCCAGAUGAAAGCUAAGAAAGCCCGUCAUAUACAAGUCAUGGUGGAGGAAACUCAAGACAGCGAGAGCUUCAAUUCAGACAUUGAAGAUUCACCUGUCAGUGCUUCUCCCAUUCCACCUCCUGCGGAAACAAACAUGAAACAGUCACAUGCAGCACAGGAUCCAGAUAAGCGAUGCGAUGACAGACACAGAGUGAAGGAGAAUGGGUAUAGUAGAGCAGACGAAAGUAACAGUGACUGUUUCAUGGAGAAUGACUUGAUGCGAAACCACAAUCCCACUCAAACGGCAACAACAGUAGACGAAGAAAGCUUAUCAACCAAGAAACCCUUUAUAAAACAAGAACCCAAUCAAAGCCAAGAAAACAACUCUAAGAGAGCAACAUCCUCUCAAGGAGGAGCCCUCUCACAUUUCAUACGUCCGUUGACUAGUGUCUUAUCCAACGCCGUGCCUUCCAGCUCCCUCAAGCAAUCUUCACUUGCAUCCUUCUUCGGUUGGGGAGCCGUGAAGAAAGAAAAACUGUCCCAAGAACCAAAACAGGACACAUCUUUCAACACAACUCAGACUGCAGCUGCCAUGAACAAAUUCCCUCAAAGUCAUACCAUGAACUCUGACCUCCGGGUCAGCCAAAGGUCGUCUACCAAUAAUUUCCAGGGUAAAUCAAGAAGCGGACGUUGGGGUAAUAAGGACAUCUCUCAAGAUGAUGAGAACAACAGACAAACCCAGAGUCAGAAUCAGAAUCCUGGCAGUUACCAGAGACCGUGUCCUUUUUACAAGAAGAUACAAGGAACUUCGUUUGUUGUGGAUGCUUUUCGCUAUGGUGAUAUCCCAGGAUGCACUGCGUAUUUCCUGAGCCACUUCCAUUACGAUCACUAUGGAGGCUUGACGAGACACUUCCAACACCUCAUCUACUGUAGUAAGAUCACAGCAAACCUGGUCAAGACAAGGAUCAAAGUGGCUGCUAAGUAUCUGCGUCCGUUGCCGAUGAACGAAGCCUGUGUGGUCAACGGAGUUGAAGUCACGUUACUGGAAGCAAACCAUUGCCCAGGAGCAGUUCUGUUUCUGUUUUGUCUGAACGACGGUCGAGUCUUUCUUCACACCGGUGAUUUCCGAGCCGACCCUUCCAUGGAAGAACUCCCUCAACUUCGCAGCCAGCGUAUCGAUCAACUCUUCCUGGACACCACGUAUUUGGAUCCACAGUAUGAUUUCCCAACCCAGUCUGAAGUGAUGGAAUUUACCGCCCAAGUUGCAGUCAACGCAGUGAGACGCAAUGACAGAACACUGCUAGUGUGUGGCACUUACACCAUUGGCAAAGAGAAGAUAUUUAUCGCCAUUGCCAAAGCCCUCGGAUGUAAAGUCUUCGUUGCUAAGGACAAGAAGAACAUCCUGGACUGCUUGGAGGACAAUCGUCUGCAAUCCAUGCUGACGCUGGAUAAGAAUGCCUCCAGACUUCAUGUAGUUACCAUGGCAACACUCACCCACCAAAAGUUGAAGGACUACUUGUCCAAGUUUUCUAGCCGCUACGAUGCAGUUGUAGCUUUCAAGCCAACCGGUUGGACUCACAGUGAAAAGAAGACAAACUUACAGGACAUCAAGCCAGCCAGGAGCGGCCCGGUAUCCAUUUAUGGAGUUCCCUACAGUGAGCACAGCAGUUACAGCGAGCUGAGACGAUUCGUUCAAUUCAUCCGUCCGAAUCGCAUCAUACCGACCGUCAACGUUGGAAGUGCCAAGAGUAGAGACGCCAUGAAUGAGUACUUCAAGGCGUGGCUGAGCGAAGGAUCAGGCUCGUCUCAAGACCCAAGAGCGACUCAAAAACAAGGCAAUUCUAGCAUCUUAAACUGGAUCAAGUGAUCACGCCAGUUGAAGAAGAAGAUGGGUCUUCGCCUUGGCAUUGCAAAAAUUGUCAAACACUUACGUAUGUGUGAGUAAAACCCUGUUUUGCACACGUAGCAUUUCAUAUUGAUGUUGAUAGACUGAUUUUGCAACCUUGUAAGAAACCAUUCUUAAUUGAGGUUGAGCAGGUCUUAAUAUGCGCAAUACAAAAAAGAUUUUGAGAAUUGUCAGAUUUACAGUUGUGUUUUGAAACUUGGGUUUUUUAUAGUUAGGAAGAAAACCAGGUAAAACAUUAAGCUGUGGGGCAUUCUGGGGUAUUCUGAGACUAGACGAUGCUGUUGGGGACGUUGGUGUGGCUGUCCUUCUCCAAGUAGCAGAGAAGGAAAUAUUGUCAGAAUGUUAAUGGGUUAUCACAAUUUGCAUGCAGUGGCCUGGAAGGUCCUUAUGUUUCGCACUGCUAGUACAACUUUCUACACGUCAAAGCUUCAUACUCACUCAAUAUGUUUUUUUCAUCGAUGGAAGCAAAAUGUGCAGCGCAAUUGUGAGCAGAAUCAACCUAUGAUAAAUUGGUAUUUUGAGGUUUUGAUUUUUUGAACACACGGUGCUAUCCUGCUGCAAAGUCGAACUUUGUAUUUUGUAAGUCAUAAUAUGCAAAUAAAUCAAAAAUGCUAAUUUCAGUCAAAUCAAUUCAUUAUAAUGCAAAUGACUGUUUUGCUCAAUGUCUUGUUAUCGGAAUAAAUCUAAGAAUAACUAUAUAACUAUAACUUGAAUUUAUACAACUCUGGGAAGUUCCACUUUCUACUCACCCCCUGUGGAAAUACAAGUGAAUUUCAUCAUUUGUAAGCAAUUUUUACUAUUUUCUUUGUACUAAAAUACUUAUUUUUCUAGUUUAGCUCUAGCUUUAGUAAUAGAACUUUUUUUUUCAGCUGUGUACUCCUGUUAAUGUUUUGGUCAGAAAUUCUCAAAAUUUGUAUCCAUGAAUGCAAAUUAUUUUCAGGGAGCCAACUAAGAUCUCUCAUUUAGUGUCUUUUUUGCAAAAACACACACAUCCCAACUCAUAAACGAAAUGUCACUGAAUGAAAUGAAUAAAUCUACCUCAUAAGUUGAUUUAAUUUUGUUCUGACAGUUAUAAGUGCGAAUCCUGAAAAGCAGGUUUAAUAGGUACAUGUUUGAUUGAAGCAAUACUUAAAAUUCAUCUGAAUUCCCGCAGGAAAACAACACUGUGAGUUUGUUCUUGUUUAGACCAUUGGAAUGAGAUGGAGAAAAAUAUUCUUAUAAAAGAAUGCUGACAUAACUACAUGUACAUGUAUAAUGACGACUUUCUAGAAAGUGAAAAACAAAUCUGAAAAGGUUAACACUUGGAGAGUUCCUUGUCAGCUGAUAAUCAGUCAAAAUUUACAAGCACAAAACAUUUAACCAUCUAAAUGUCCUGAUUACAUUAACAACUUGAUUUGCUGUCUUUUAGUUUACGCCCACUGAUAUCCAUGUCAAAAAUCGGGGAUAGUUCGCUGGCGAUUCCGAUCUGUACCAAAAAAUGAAGCUACAUAUGCACUGGUUUCCGACCCCUCCAAUCGAAAACCACUCCCAUUCAAUUUUUUUUAAAAUAAUCGCUUAAAAAUAUACAACUUUUUUCCCACAUAGAAAUUUUAUAUAAAAUAUAUAUUGAUGCCAUUCCUUUUUUUGUGAAAACCAAAACUAAUAUUUCAUUUAGUAAAAAGUGUAUAUAUGUCAAUUAAAUUAGAAUUCUUUUUUUACAAAUGUCUUGUUCGUGGAGUGGUAAGAUGGCGGACGGUGCCUUCACUUUUAACAGCCAAUGCUAUCCAGAUUUUUAUGGAAAUCAGUGUUUUAAGCUCAGAAAGCAAGUCAUAGUUUAGCCCCUGAAGGAAAUCAGGACUGUCAUCUUUCCGAUCUUAUCUCAAAUGGGAUCAAAAUGACUUUUUAACUAUUUUUUUGUCAGGAGAGAUUCUUAGAAAUGAUAAUUACUUGGUGCUUAAUUCAGCUUGUUUUGUUUGUUUAAAGGGAAUGUACAUCAUUGGCUUUUGCUGUAAAUGUCAGAAAUGAACUAUUUGAGGGAUUAGUAUAAUAGAUCAAAUAUUGUUACACUGACAAGUUUGAAGGUUUGUG